AUGGCUUAUAGAGUACAAAAGCAUCUACAGAACCACUUAAAUUCUGCGAUGAAUCUACCUGUGCAAAUGGUGGAGUUUGCACUGGGACAGCAGUACAACCAGCCUGUUCGUGUCCACCGGAUAUUCUUGGCAGAACGUGUGAGCGACUUAGAUGCAUCCAGUCGGUUGGGUAAUGAUUUGGGUUUAGUUGAAAGCUACUAUGGAAGCGAAUUUCUGGGCUUUGGUAACGGUACCCUCAUGGCCAGGAUCAAAGUCAAAUUUGAUCUGGACGAUGCAAUAGCCAAAAACUACUCGGAAUCAAUGAUCCGGCAACACAUUGUAUCCGGUGGAAUGGCUGUAUUGCGCUCAGAAAAGGCGCAGAUACUAAAUGUCCCCACGGAUUUCGGGGUCACAAAUACGAGCUACUUCACACUGAAAGACGAUGGUCUUAUCAUAUUCACAUUCAUUCUGGUUGGAAGUUUGGUUUCUAUGCUGAUUUUCUUACUUUGCGGCUGUCGACGAACAAUUUGGUAUCGAUACAAAAACCGUGGUCAUCCAGAACACUUGACCCUGGUGAAUAUGCCUUCAAACUACGAUAUAUGA